GUGUGUAAUUUAGUGUGUGCAUGUGCAUAUGUAUGAGUGAAAUAAUGGAAUAUGUGUGUGCAUAGCAGUGACCGAAUAUAAAAGAUUGUAUAGAUACUGUGGUAUGUGUAAAAUCAUGUGGGCCUGUGCGGCUGCAGGAUUAUCAUUUUUUUCUUUUUUUAAGUAAACCACUUUGGAUUGUGUAGCCUCCUCUUACUUCUGUGAUUGAUUUCACGAGGGUAAUGGUGCGUAAAAGCGCUGGUGAGAUCUGGGGGCGCCUCCUAGUCUGACGUCAGAGAGAGAGUUUAAAAAGCGGGGAGCCAGUGGAGAGCACACAAGCCGCUUUAGGCGUCGCGAGUUUCAGAGCUAUCGCGGCUGCCUGCGGAUCCUCUCCUAGAGUUUGACCCACCGUCGUCUCGCUCGGCUUCCCCGGCACCGCCGAGAUGCUGUCCUGCCGCCUCCCGUGCGCGCUGGCCGCGCUGUCCAUCGUGCUGGCUCUGGGCGGUGUCACCGGCGCGCCCUCGGAUCCCCGACUCCGUCAGUUUCUGCAGAAGUCCCUGGCUGCUGCCGCGGGGAAGCAGGAACUGGCCAAGUACUUCUUGGCGGAGCUGCUGUCUGAACCCAACCAGACAGAGAAUGAUGCCCUGGAACCUGAAGAUCUGUCCCAGGCUGCUGAGCAGGAUGAAAUGAGGCUGGAACUGCAGAGAUCUGCUAACUCAAACCCUGCCAUGGCACCCCGAGAACGCAAAGCUGGCUGCAAGAAUUUCUUCUGGAAGACUUUCACAUCCUGUUAGCUUUAUUAAUUAUUGUUGUCCAUAUAAGACCUCUGAUUCCUUUCCUCCAAACCUCAUCCCUCUUCCCUAAUCCCCCAGUCCUCAGCAAGACCCUUGCAUUAGAAACUGAAGACUGUAAAUACAAAAUAAAAUUAUGGUGAAAUUAUGAAAAA